GCUCUUUGGUGGGAGCGGUAGCUUGUCAGUCUCUCGUAAAGGCAGUGCUCCCUGCACUGAUCCCCGGCUUUUGUUCCAGGAGCGGACGACUCACGCUGUCGUUGAAGCAGUAAUUCAAAAUGAGACGAGUUUGGCUCAUAGGUCUUCUUUUCGCGCUUUUCGCCUUUGCUGCUGUAAAGGCUGAGGAUGAGCUUGACGUCGAGGGCACCGUGGAGGAGGACUUUGGUAAAAGCAGGGAGGGCUCCAGAACAGACGACGAGGUGGUGCAGAGGGAGGAGGAGGCUAUCCAACUGGAUGGCCUGAAUGCUGCUCAGAUAAAGGAACUUCGAGAGAAGUCUGAAAAACAUGCCUUCCAGGCUGAGGUCAACCGUAUGAUGAAGCUGAUUAUCAACUCUUUAUACAAGAACAAGGAGAUCUUCCUUAGGGAGUUGAUUUCUAAUGCCUCAGAUGCUCUGGAUAAGAUCCGCUUGUUGUCUCUGACCAAUGAGGAUGCACUGGCUGACAACGAAGAGCUGACCAUCAAAAUUAAAUCUGAUAAGGAAAAGAACAUGCUCCACAUCACUGACACUGGCGUUGGAAUGACCAAAGAGGAGCUUGUCAAAAACUUGGGCACCAUCGCCAAGUCUGGCACCAGCGAGUUCCUCAACAAGAUGACAGAGAUGCAGUCUGAGGGACAGUCCACGUCAGAGUUAAUUGGCCAAUUUGGUGUGGGUUUCUACUCUGCCUUCCUUGUGGCUGACAAAGUCAUUGUCACAUCAAAGCACAAUAAUGACACCCAGCACAUCUGGGAGUCUGACUCUAAUCAGUUCUCAGUCAUUGAGGACCCCCGUGGAACCACACUUGGCAGAGGAACUACCAUCACACUGGUCCUAAAAGAGGAGGCAUCAGAUUAUCUGGAGCUUGAGACCAUCAAGAACCUUGUCAGGAAAUAUUCUCAGUUCAUCAACUUCCCCAUUUAUGUUUGGGCGAGCAAGACUGAGACUGUGGAAGAGCCCAUUGAGGAAGAUGCUGAGGCAACAGAGGAACCAGAAAAAGAGGCUGGUGAAGAUGAGGCUGAGGUAGAAGAGGAGGAUGAGGACAGUAAAGACAAGCCGAAGACAAAGAAGGUUGAGAAAACUGUGUGGGACUGGGAACUGAUGAAUGAUAUCAAGCCCAUCUGGCAGAGACCAGCUAAGGAGGUUGAGGAGGAUGAGUACAAGGCUUUCUACAAGACCUUCUCAAAGGACAGUGAAGACCCUCUGGCUCACAUCCACUUCACAGCUGAGGGUGAGGUUACCUUCAAGUCCAUCCUGUUUGUGCCUAGUGCUGCUCCUCGUGGCCUGUUUGACGAAUAUGGCUCAAAGAAGAACGACUACAUCAAACUCUUUGUCAGGAGAGUUUUUAUCACAGAUGACUUCAACGACAUGAUGCCCAAGUAUCUAAACUUUGUUAAGGGAGUGGUUGACUCUGAUGACCUUCCCCUGAACGUGUCCAGAGAGACUCUGCAGCAGCACAAACUGCUCAAGGUCAUCCGCAAGAAGCUGGUGCGUAAGACGCUGGACAUGAUCAAGAAGAUUGCAGAGGAACAUUACAAUGAGAAGUUCUGGAAGGAGUUUGGAACCAAUAUCAAACUGGGUGUCAUUGAGGAUCACUCCAACAGAACCCGACUGGCCAAACUGCUGCGCUUCCAGACAUCCCACAGUGAAACCGAACCAGCCAGCCUGGAGCAGUACGUGGAACGUAUGAAGGAGAAGCAGGACAAGAUCUACUUCAUGGCUGGUACCAGCAGGAAGGAGGCUGAGUCAUCUCCAUUUGUGGAGAGGCUGCUGAAGAAGGGUUAUGAGGUGAUCUACCUGACCGAGCCUGUUGAUGAGUACUGCAUCCAGGCACUGCCAGAGUUCGACGGGAAGCGCUUCCAGAAUGUGGCAAAGGAGGGCGUCAAGUUUGACGAGAGCGAGAAGGCCAAGGAGAAGAGGGAGACCCUGGAGAAAGAGUUUGAACCUCUCACAACUUGGCUGAAGGACAAGCCCCUGAAGGACAAGAUUGAGAAGGCUGUGCUGUCUCAGAGGCUCACCAAUUCACCCUGUGCACUGGUUGCCAGUCAGUACGGUUGGUCUGGAAACAUGGAGAGGAUCAUGAAGGCCCAGGCUUAUCAGACAGGAAAAGAUAUUUCCACAAAUUAUUAUGCCAGUCAGAAGAAAACAUUAGAAAUCAACCCUAAGCAUCCUCUCAUCAAGCAGAUGCUUAACAGAGUCAACGAUGAUGCCGAGGACCAGACUGCUUCAGAUCUGGCUGUAGUUCUGUUUGAGACGGCCACGCUGCGCUCAGGCUAUCAGCUCGCUGACACAAAGUCCUACGGAGACAGGAUAGAGCGCAUGCUCCGACUCAGCAUGAACGUGCCCUUGGAUGAACAGGCAAAGCCUGCAGAGGAUGCCGAGGAUGCAGAGGAAGAUGCUGAAGAUAAAGAGGAUAUUGUAGAUGAGGAUGAUGAUGACGAUUCGCAAACCGGUUUGGUCCACAUUCAUAGACUGAAAACAGGAAUGAGUAUAGAAAUUCCUGAAGGACUGACGGAGCUGUUACAGAGCUUUACCGUGGAAGUGUUGCGGAAUCAGCCCAGGGAUUUGCUCGAGUUUGCGCUACAGUACUUCACCCAGCUGAAGGACAGCGAGACCAAAGAGGCCUCAUUUGGCAAUGACCAAAAUUCGGCCCCGCGACCUGGAAAAGCGGUCAAUUUCAUUGACGAAGCCAUGCAGAUCGACUCGGAAAACGGAGAGGAGGACGACGACGACGAUGACGAGGAAUUCUUAGCCCCGGUCAUAAAUCGAUUCAUCAGAAGAGCAUCAGUGUGUGCUGAAGCGUUCAAUCCUGAUGAAGAUGACGAGGAUAAAGAGCCAAGGGUGACCCACCCCAAAACCGACGAGCAGAGACAGAGACUACAGGAAGCGUGUCGGGACAUUCUUCUGUUCAAGAACCUGGACCCGGAGCAGAUGUCUCAGGUGCUGGAUGCCAUGUUUGAGAAGUUCUGCACUGAGGGGGAGCACAUCAUAGAUCAGGAUGACGACGGCGACAACUUCUACGUCAUUGAGAGUGGGACGUUCAAUAUCUUCGUGAAGGUUGAUGGCGCAGAGAAGCUGGUGGGCUGCUAUGACAACAGAGGCAGCUUUGGAGAGCUGGCGCUGAUGUACAACACCCUGCGGGCCGCCACCAUCGUGGCCACCUCCAGCGGAGCCCUUUGGUGCCUAGAUCGUCUGACGUUCAGGAGGAUCAUAGUGAAGAACAACGCCAAGAAGAGGAAGAUGUACGAGGCGUUCAUCGAGACGCUCCCGCUGCUCACGUCGUUAGAGCUCUCAGAAAGAAUGAAAGUGGUAGACGUGCUCUCAACCAAGGUGUACGGUGACUCACAGCAGAUUAUUGCUCAGGGCGAUUUAGCAGAUUGCUUCUACAUUGUUGAGUCUGGCCAAGUCAGGAUCACCAUGAAAAGGAGCAGGACGAAAAAGGACCAGGAGGAAGAGGAGGUGGACAUUACAACGUGCUCCAGGGGCCAGUAUUUCGGAGAGUUGGCGCUGGUCACAAACAAACCCAGAGCGGCGUCGGCCUACGCCGUCGGGAACGUGAAAUGCUUGGUCAUGGAUGUUAAAGCCUUUGAGAGAUUGCUGGGUCCGUGCAUGGACAUCAUGAAGAGGAACAUUGCAAACUACGAGGAGCAGCUGGUCACCCUGUUUGGAAGUAGCCCUGAAAUUGAACAACAGAGCGCGUGAGACGCCGCCAGUGGAUCAGGAAUCCCCUGGAUGUGAGGACCCCCCCCCAAACCACCUAAACUGCUUUUCUUACAAUCUAUGUGAAUGCCCACUAUGUCAUUUGUUACCCACCUGUGAGGUUCAUUCAGACAGUUUACCACAGAGUGUUAUGAUAACCGUGAGCCAAAGCAAAGUGCUUCAAGCUUGUUUUAAUUCGAUUUCUCACAAGUCCCACCUUAAAGGUUUAAGUGUACCUUUAACGUGUCAGUAUCAGACACGUUAUUUGUCUGGAUGCUGAGUCUUUUGUUAUUUCUCACCUUAUUGCCACAGUGUUAUAGUUACACAUAGUGUAUGGUAUGAUUUCAUUUGUAAAUUUCUAAAAUUGUUUGUUGAAAUCAGAUGCCAAAGCUAAUUUCUUCGUGGGUAAUUAUGAGCAAACAUCAUAUUCUCUUGUCAUUUUUUGCAAAAGUGCUAACAUCCCACCAUAUAAAGCUACUUAGCAACAACAGCCGGACAAUUUGAAUAAGAAGUUGAUUUGACUACGUGCUUAAAUGAUGUUUUGCUUACUGAUCACAGUAGAAUAGAGACUUGGCAGUGCUUUAAGGAUAUUUUCUUUCUUUUUUUUAAGAUUUAACCCCAUGAAAACGUAUUGACAAAAAAUAUCAUUGUUGGUUAAGUGUUUGUGGCUGUUAGCCUUAUACUGCUUUUGCAAAAAAAUAAUCAGAGAUAGCUGAUAGUUUUGUAAGAAUAUACAACAUAUUGCUGUACAAUUUGAAACUGAGUAUUUACUGUUAAUAUAUAGGGCCACUCUCAAUUUAAUAAGUUGCCUCAUUAGACUGUAGUCAUGAGCAAUGUCUUGAUUUUUCUGUGUUUUAAUGUAAAACAGUCACACUGUUUUUGUGUUAGUGAGACAUAAAGUACAUUAUAAUUAUGGCAUCUGUCUUUGCUGUCUACCUCUGCCAACAACUUCUACUGGUUGAAAACAGAUUUUCUGGUGUCCCAGCAGAAAUCUAAAGUGGGUCCACACUCUUUUUUUAAAUGGAUCAUUGGAGUCUUCUGUGGUUUACUGCAGCUUAAAAGGUUUAAUGGUUUAACAUGUAAACAUUCUGAAUUGUCACCCUGUGAAGAUAGUACUGGUCAUUUUUGAAAGAGAACCCAUGACGCUGACUGAAAAUACCAUAUGUUUCACUUUUCAUGUCAAUAAAUACCCUUUUUUUAAA